AUGGCAGAGACAAUGGUGGUGCCAAUGGAUUACGUGGUGUUGAAAUCGAAGAUUGGAAAGGGCUUUCCAUACAUGAAAGCUGAUGAAUGGAAGUCCUGGGUGCUAGUGUAUUCACCUAUCUUGUUGAAGGCCGUCCUGCCAAUUGAAAUGUUCAGAAAUUGGAUCAGUUUUGUUGACGCCUGCCACCAAUUAGUAAAGCCAAGCAUCACAUUCUCUGACAUUGACAACGGCCAUAAAUUUCUUCAAGAAUUCUGUACUGAGUGCCAGCGUAUUUACACUCCAACUAUUCUCACCUGUAACAUGCAUUUACAUCUCCAUCUUCGCGAGACCAUCUGUGAUUUUGGACCAAACGUGAAUACGAACAGAAAAGAUUUUUUUGAGGUUACAUACAUGAAUAGUUUCGUCCAAGAUACAUUCAAAGGUGAUUUUGUUCAUGCUGCUCUCACAUGCCCAAGCCAAGUACCGUUUCUUCCUCUUCUCGCCAAGCUUACUGCCACAGCUCAACCCUCCACUUCAAAAAAUACAAUAACUUUUCCCCAGCGCCCGUUCAGACUAUCAGCCUUCAUCCAAGCAUACUCAAACCCUUCUCUUCCAGUUCUUGGCAAUGAACCUCUUCCUCCAUCCGCAUUUCCUCUCCAUAUUGAACCCCCAUCAGCAAUGAGUGAUGUCGACUAUCCUCAUUUGCUUGAUUACUAUAAAGUCGCAUACUGCAUGCCAAAUCUUGAAGGUUACCAGCAUCCCUCCUCUCCAUUCUCCUUUGUCAACAACCAAAUCAUAAAGUUGAAAUCAAUCAAUUUGCUUGGUCAGGUUUACAAAGGCUGCAAAUAUACUUCUGGUUGCAGCUCAUUUGUUCAAUCUCUGUUCCUUGGAAGUCAAGGCAAUAAUCGGUUGGCAUACACUGGCCAAAUUCAGUAUCUGUUCUUGCACUCUUUCACUCCAUCAGUAGACAACACAGAGCUCCAAACACGUGUCAUUUAUCAAGAUAAACACGUGUUUGCGUUUGUUAAGUGGUUCCAGAUUGAGCAUGACCGUUCAAGAGAGUUGGAAAGUGUUGACAUCUGCAGUGCAGAUUUUAUUGCAUGUGAUUUUGAAUCCAUCUUGCCAGUACAUCGAAUAUCAUCAGUUGUUGCAACAUGUGAUUAUAAAACCAGCACAAAUAAUAAGAAAAUACUUGUCAACGCUUUACCACACAAACAAUACAAUUAA